AUGUACGCUGGUAGAUCAUACGCUGCUACAAAUAUAUCGUUGGCUACUUUACAAAACAAGUUAGCAUUCCUAUUGGAGACGACGCGUUUUCUCCGGCCUUCAGACUUAUAUGGAAUCCUGUGGUUCUCAAUGGUUUUUUCGAAUAAUGAUUUGUUGUUGUCAUUUGAGUGUAUCUUUGAAGUUGUUAUAAUUUUCCCAGUGUGUAUCCUGUUACCUUUAACUGCCUAUUUUACACAUUGUACUUCCAUAUCUUUACAGAUCACCACAGCAGCGUCGCUGCUCAUCAAUUUAAUUCAACCAGACCGGCCUAUCAUGAUGCGAACAAUUCAAGCAUGGAUGUCAAGACCUCUCCACGAGUCUAUGAAAGAAAAACGGGUGUCGGUACAAUCGGUUGCUUCUUCUCUGGCGUUACAAUCUGGUAUUCCAAAAGAGGAUAGAGUAACUAUGGGUAACUGGGAGUAG